AUGCGCUCGCUCGUCAUCAAUGGCCUCAGCCUGGACAUGGAGACAUCACUAUCGCCCAGUCCUCCGGCAGCCAAUCAUCGCCCACGCAUUUGUGCUUUCCUCCGGGAGGCGAAUAUCCUCAACGUCAACGAUCACCGCCAGCAACCAUAUCGACCACCACCCAUCCCCGGCCAACAGCGCCUCCUCUCCACUCCCACCAUCUUCCGUCUUCGCGUCUGGAACCCGACCGCGACACGAACCCGACCGCGACACGAACCAACAGACAGAAUGCUUCCUUUGGCGCGGACAGCCGCCGCAAUGGCGUUGCGAGUCAAGCCCACGACCGCCAUCCUUCCUUUCCGUCCCGUCGCUGCCGCGGCCUUCUCGACGACCAACCCCCAGCACCAAGCCAGCGCGGUCACCCCCCACGGUGCCGGGAGCAGCCUGUCCAAGCCGCGUCGUGAGGUCCCUCUCCCCUCGCAGGAGAAGCCCAAGAGCGUCGUCCAAUAUGCGCUGACAACACUCGACAUCAUGGCCAACUGGGCUCGUCAAUCCUCGCUUUGGCCCAUGACCUUUGGUCUGGCCUGCUGCGCCAUCGAGAUGAUGCACCUCUCCACCCCUCGAUACGAUCAAGAUCGCCUUGGUAUCAUCUUCCGUGCCUCUCCUCGUCAGUCCGACGUGAUGAUCGUCGCGGGCACUCUCACCAACAAGAUGGCCCCAGCCCUGCGCCAGGUCUACGAUCAGAUGCCCGAGCCCCGCUGGGUCAUCUCCAUGGGUUCGUGCGCCAACGGUGGAGGUUACUACCACUACUCGUACAGUGUCGUGAGGGGGUGUGACAGGAUCGUGCCCGUCGACAUUUACGUGCCUGGCUGCCCGCCUACCAGCGAGGCGCUCAUGUACGGUAUCUUCCAGCUGCAGAGGAAGAUGCGCAACACCAAGAUCACCAGGAUGUGGUACAGGCGAUAA